AUUGAUGCUAUGAUUCAAUUAAAUCUAUUAUCUAAUAGCUAAACUUAACUACCACUAAAUUUCACGGAAAUAUGAUCGGGUUCGGAAUGCUACUUUCACAUUGAUCAAACCAUGCUACCCAAUGUUGCUGACGAUUCAAUGAGACAUGCUUGACUAAAAGUAAAAAAUAUGGAUGGUGAGGACCCUAAAGAAGAACUUCUUCAGCGUCACAAAGAAGAAAAGAAAGAGCUACAGAGUCAAAUCACAAAACUGAAACACACCGUUUCAAAGGGGGAUAAAAAGGGUAAGAAGGCGGUCCAGGAACAGAUAAGCCAAUUAGAGAAAGAUCUGAAAGAAAGACAUGACAAGGAACUUAGAGAAGUGGAGGAGGCCUCACUGACAGAACCAGAAAAGGUCUCUGACAAGGUCAAAGAUUUAAAUCUUGAAACUCUGGAGGGCCCUCAAGAAUUAUCACAGCAAACCCAGGAACAAAAGAGAGUAUCAAAAGCACAGAAACGGCGAAAUAAAAAGGAGGAGGCGGCUAGACAAAGACAGGAAGAAAUCUCCAAGCAGGAAAUUGAAAAUGAGUCGGGGGCCAGAAAUGUAGAGUUUCAGAAGUUAAAAGAAAUGUUAAAGAAUCAAGGCCUACAAAUCUUUGAGAUUCCUUCUGAUGGAAACUGUUUGUAUAAUGCUGUAGCCCACCAAGUCAAUCACAGGAAAACCAUAACAGACUGUAAACAAUUGAGAAAACAGGCUGCUGAGUACAUGAGAGAAAAUGCUGAUGACUUCCUGCCCUUCCUGACGACAGAGAGUGGAGACCUGUUUACCCAGUCGGACUUUGACAAGUACUGCUGCGAUUUGGAGAAAACAACAACUUGGGGAGGUCACUUGGAGAUCAAAGCUUUGUCACAUGUUCUAAAUCAACCAAUCAUUGUGAUGCAAAGCAAUGGACCUGUGAUUACUGUGGGCGAGGGUUGUCAUGGUGACCCAGUGACAGUUGUCUAUCACAGGCAUGCUUUUGGUCUGGGGGAACAUUACAACUCCGUAGAACUUUUACAAGAACAAUCAGACAUGUAAUCUGCAGCUCUAUCAUACAUAGACUUGCUUUUCGUCAGAGAGAACAUAACAGUUAACUCCAUAGAACAUUUACAAGAACCAUAUGACUUAGAAGAUGGAGCUUUUUAUUUCAUUUGUAGUACACCAGUGUAAUUGUGUUUAAUGACAAAUACAUGUAAGAUAUUUACGAUCAUAAAUACAAGUUAUGAAUUUA